AUGGCUGAGCUAGUCAACCAACGUAUUGAGGGCAUGAUAAAUGAGCUGGAGCAAAUGCGACGUGUUGAACUAUAUGACGAUGAAGAAAUAAGAGAUAUCUCAAGAAAGCGCAAAGAAUUCGAGUAUAGGAUCCAAAGGCGAAUCAAAGAAAAGGAUGAUUUUGUUCAGUAUAUUGCCUACGAAUUGGCUCUGUUGGAGGAUAUAUCUUUGCGUAGAAAACAAGCAAAGAUGUUCAACAAACGUCAAGAUAUAGAGUAUGCUAUAGCUAAACGUGUAAAUAAAGUUUUCAAACAAUUUAUAAUGAGAUAUCAAAAUGAUGUUCAAAUAUAUUUUGAAUAUAUUAAAUUCUGCAAAAGUGUCAACUUUGAGUAUGCUAUUUCAAGUAUUAUACAUCAAAUGUUACAAGUACAUGGCGACAAACCAAAAACAUGGCAGCUUGCAAGUUUGUUUGAAAGUAAAGAAAAGAAAAAUCUAGACACUGCUCGUAGUUUCCUUCUAAAAGGAAUUCACAGACAUCCUGAGGCAGAGGUUUUGUAUCUAGAAUUAUUUGAAAUCGAACUUAAACUUUCUGGUACUGCCAAUGAUGAGGAAAAGGAAAAAUAUUUAAAAAGAGCCGAAGUAGUAUGGAUGAAUGGUAUGAAGAAUGUUCCCAAUCUCAGCUUCUUGUUCAAAAUUUGUGAUCUAUCUCUGAAGUAUAAUAAUGGUGCACUUACCAAUUCCAUCAAGGAGGAAGUAUGGAGUAAAAGAAACCACAAAGAAGUGUGGUCUUAUAUUGCGUCUAAGGAACUAGAGGGCUAUCAUUGGAGAGAAAUAGAUGAGUUUGUGGAUGAUGAAAACCAAUUUUCCAAGGAGCUAAAUCAUUUCACAACUGUUUAUGAGGAGGCUUUGCAACAGUUCCCAGAUGAAAAACUCUGUACACAAUAUAUACACCAUUUACUAGGUUUGAAUGACUGCAUAUGUACAGAAAAUCAAAAAAUCCAUGCUGUAAAACAAGCUUGGAUGUAUGGACAUGAAAAUGGAUUAUUAUCAAAUGACAUGUAUGCUUUUGGCAUAUCUUUCAUGAAGUUAGAAAAGGAAGACUAUUCUCAGAUUAUCGAUACAGCCGUCGAAAAAAAUCCUAAGCACAAAUUUCUAUGGCAAGAAAAAUUGUUGCUAAAUAAACGUAAUGAAAAUGUCAUCCUGUCCGUUCUGCAACAAGCCAGUAAAACAUUAAAGGAUCAGGAUUUGUUGUACCUGUGGAAUUUUAUGUUAGAUAAUGUGGAGAAUGAUGUUGUUUUAAAAAAUGUAUACAAAAAAUUUCAAUCUUGUGAAAGCAUUACUGUACUCUCGUUAAAACCAAAAUUGUUGCAAAAAAUCUAUGAGCAUAACGGUUUAAAGACUGCCAGAGAAUCUUAUGAGGACUUCAUCAAAACACCACCCACACAAGUGGAAUUACAUAAAGCUAUGAUUGAAAUAGAAAUGUCCCAAGAAAAACCCAAUUUGAAAUGUGCUAGGAAAUGUUACGAGUGCUUAGUCCAACAUCAUGGCAAGGAAAAUAUUGAUAUCUGGUUGGAUUACAUUAAGUUUGAAUCUAGCAAUGGUGGUGCAAAAGCGGUUCCCCAAGUUCAUAGACGAGCCGUAGCAACUUUGAAGGCAGAUCUAGUUGAUGGUUUCGUAAAAGCACAAACUCUAUCUAGAUUACAAUGA